AUGCCCGGCGACGGCCCAGCGGACGAUGUCUCGCCGCUGUCGUGGCCGCAGGAGCGCCUGCGCAACAUCUGCAUCCUGGCCCACGUCGACCAUUCGACCACGUGCGCAGAUAACCUCAUCAGCUCGAAUGGCAUCAUCUCGAAGCACUCGACCGGUAAGGUCCGGUACUUGGACUCCAGGGUCGACGAGCAGGAGCGGCAGAUCACCAUGAAGUCCAGCGCGAUAGCGCUGCGGUACGCGAGCCCCGCGGGGGACGCUUAUCUGGUCAACCUGAUCGACUCGCCAGGCCACGUGGACUUCGGCUCUGAGGUUUCCAUGGCUGCUCGCCUCGCCGACGGAGCGAUAGUCGUCGUGGACGUCGUGGAGGGAGUGGAGGCGCAGACGCGCGCGGUCCUGCGGCAGGCCUGGCGCGACCGCGUGAAGACGUGCCUGUUCUUGAACAAGGUGGACCGCCUCAUCGUCGAGCUGGAGAUGACCCCGCUGGACGCCUACGAGCACCUGCUGAAGAUCGUCGAGCAGGUGAACGCGGUCAACCAGCAGCUCCUGUCCGAGGAGGUGUACGCACACCCGGGCGGCGACGAGCAGCACGCCGCAGCGUCGGCCGACUCGGCCGCCGAUGGCGUCGACCUCAGCGCGGCCUGGGUGGAGGUGGACCGGGCCGAGCAGGCGCUGUGCUACUCGCCCGAGCGCGGCAACGUGGCCUUCGGCUCGGCGUCGCACUGCUGGGCGUUCCGCCUGGACACCUUCGCCUCGAUGAUCGCGGGGAAGAUGGGCGCCAAGACGGAGAGCCUGAAGCGGGUGCUCUGGGGCGAGUGGGCCUUCAACAAGAAGACCAGGCGCGCGCAGCGGCGCCAGGCGGGCGACACGAAGACGAAGCCCAUGUUUGUAGAGUUUGUGUUGCAGCAGAUCUGGACGAUCUAUAACGCAGCCUUCAGGACCAUCGACACAGAGGUGCUGAAGAAGGUGCAGGCGUCGAUCCCGGCCUGGAAGGACAUCGGCAUUGAUGGUCUCUCGCCGGGGUCCGCGGCAAUCCGGGAGCUCUUCUCGGCGUGGCUGCCCUUUGAGCGGAGCGUGCUGAGCAUGAUCACGCAGCACCUGCCCAAUCCCCUCGAGGCAGCGGCGGACCGGCUUCCAGUGAUCUGCCCUAAAUGGUUCGCCGCGGGCUCGAAGGGCGCCCUGGCCCAGAGCCCCAUCGCUGCGGGACUCCGCGCCAGCGACCCGGGUGCGACUGCGGUGGUAUAUCUGGCCAAGUUCCUGGGGGCCGACCUGGAGCGGCUGGUGUUGACCGGCGACACGCUGAGGGGGGACGAGGACGUGCACUUCGUGGGGAUCUGCAGGGUCUUCGCGGGCACGCUGCGGGCCGGGAGCGACGUCUUUGUCAUGCGGGAGGACGCCGGGGAGGGCGCCGGGGCGACGCCGCGGAGCCUGAGGGUCGUGCGGCUGUUCUCGCUGAUGGGCCGCUAUAUGCGGGAGCAGCCCGAGGCGCAGUCGGGCUCCAUCGUGGCGGUGCAGGUCGAGGGUCAGUCUGGCGGCGCGGACCUGGGUGUGGAGCGGUGCCUCACGCUGUGCGGAGCGGCGGAGGGGCCCUGCCUGGAGACCCCGUACAGCAGCCAGGCCUUCGCGAUCGUGCGCGUGAGCCUGGAGCCCCAGCACGUGGCGGACCUGAACGCGCUGGCGCGUGGGCUCCGUCUGCUGCACAAGGCCGAUCCGUCCGUGUCCGUCGAGGCCAUGGUCACUGGGGAGAACGUUCUCGGGUGCUGUGGGGACGAGCACCUGAAGCGGUGCAUCAGCGACCUGCAGAAGUUGUACGCGAAAGACAUCCCGCUUCACAUCUCCACCCCGCUGGUCGCGAUCAGGGAGUCCUUCGUGGACGCGGUGCCCGCCGAACGCGUAGAUCCCAAGGCCCACCCCCUCUUCCUGCCGAGCUGGGCCAGCCACCUGCUCGACGCCUCCACCGAGGCCGGCUCCGUGGUCUCCGCGCCGGCCUCCGAGCCGGAGGCCGCGCCCUCCGACCAGGGCGCGGCGCCCGUGCAGGAGCGGCUGUCGAUGUCCCCCUCUGGGGUCAUGUCCGUCUGGACGGCGAACCGCAAGGCCUGCGUGCGCAUCGCCGCAGUGGCCCUGCCCGCCGAGGUCCUCGAGUGGAUGGACCAGUGCGCCGAGGAGCUCGAGACGGUGAUCCACCGCCAGCGGCCCUCGGUGGCGCUGACUAACGGGCGCGAGGCCACGCUCGGCGAGUGCCUCGCGGAGGUGGAGAGGCUGUUUGCCGAGAGGCUGGCCUCAGCGGGCGCGGGGGGGUGCGCCGGCGUCCUCUGCGGCAUGAGCGUGGCGAAGGGCGGGCGCGCGGUGCUCCUGGACGCCACGGGCUCCGGCUGGUCGCUGGCAGGGGGGGGGAAGGCCCCAGGCGCUGGCGCCGACGCGGACGCGGCCGCCCAGCAGGUCCCCGCGUGGGCGCGGCCCUCCGUGCUCAGCGGCUUCUGCCUGGCCGCCAACGCGGGGCCGCUCUGCGAGGAGCCCAUGCGGGGCGUGGCCUUGGUCCUGCACGGCUUCCGGCAGGCGGCCGGCCCCGAGGACGCCGGCGCAGCGGCCGAGGGCGCGCCGCCCGCGGCCGCGCUGGCGCCCCCGGACACGUACGGCCCCAUGAGCGGGCAGGUUAUGGUGGCAACGAAGGAGGCCUGCCGCUACAGCCUCUUCCGCCGGGGUUUUGCCAGGGUGAGCGAGGUCAUGCUGGCCGUGGACGUGCAGUGUGAGCAGGAGAUGCUCGGCAAGGUCUACGGUGUCCUCGGCAAGCGCAGGGCAAAGGUUCUCGAUGAGGGGCUGCGCGAUGGCACGUCGCUCUUCUACAUCCGCUCGCACCUGCCCCUGGCAGACUCGUUCGGCCUGGCUCAGGACCUGCGGCAGGCGGCGUCGGGGAACGUGUCCCUGCACUGCGCCUUCAGCCACUGGGAGCAGUCCGAGGACGACCCUUUUCAGGAGGCGUCGCUUACGGCGGAAGAGCUAGAGGACCUGGGAGAGGGCCCUCUGCCGCCUAACAACGCGAGGAAGCUCGUGGACGCCAUCCGCAAGAGGAAGGGGCUGCCGACGGACGAGAAGGUCGUCAGCUGCGCCACGAACCAGCGCACCCUCGCGAGGCCGCCGGCGGAGCCCCCGCGCCUGGUCCUCGGCGGCCUCGGGCGCCAGCGCCCAGCGCCAUGUCUGCCGUGCGGCCUCCCUAGGAUUCCGCGGGCAUCCGAGCCGCCUCGCCCUGGCCCCGCGGGUGCAGAUUCGGCCGGGUCGCAGCCGCCCGCCCGCCUCUGCGAUUCCAUGCCUUCGGGGCCGCUGCGCGGGUGCAGCGGGCUUCUCCACCUGUCCUCGGCGCGGCACCAGCGCGCUGGCCCAGCACCGCGUGCCUGGCCUGGCCGUGAGGAUGCCGUGGCUUCGCGGCUCCUCGUGGCGCUCGACGGGGAGGUCGCAGACGCGCCGUCGUCCGCCGCUCCUGUGGCCGCCUCGGUCGCGCCGCCUGGUGCCCGCCGAGUCCCGCUCGCUCCAGGGGCGCCGUCGGGCCUGAUCAUCCCAGCAGCGUUGCACGCCCGCCCGGCCGCCCUCGGCAUGGCACUGGUCACUGUCGUGCUGGGCCUUGUCGUCCCCUGGGAUCGCGGUCUCGCCCUUCCCGGCUGCGCAGUCGCGAGCUCCCAGUCGAGCGGUCGCAGCCUUGCUUUGCCGCGCCAGGCUCCAGUGCUGCCUAUGGCGGGGCCGCCGCAGGAGGCCCAGGUGCCCCGUCGCGACGCCCCUCAGCUGUUCGAGGACGAGGCCGCCCGUCUCGGGAUCCCGCUGCGCGACCUGCAAAGCUUCGCGGCGCGGGCUCCUCCCGCCCCGCCGCGGGUGCAGGCCUGGACGAGCACCCCCGCCUCUGCGUUGGUGGCAGCGUGGGGGGCCCCGCGGCCCGCGGGCUUGUCGGUCAAGCCCUCUCCGCUGGCGCCCGUGUUGCUGAGCGCAGUGGGCCCGAGUUCGGCCGCGGAGGAGCGGAAGCAGCGAUUCAAGCGGCCGUGCGAUGCCUACGAGGGCAGCCGCGCCGCUCCAGGCGUCCAGAGCUCCGGCGGCGGGGGGGCCGCCGCGCAGGCUCUCGCCCGCGCCGAGGACCUCGGCAAGGGGGCGCACAAAGGCAAAACUACUCCCGGCCACUCCUUUCUGCUGUCCGCCCUGGACGCAGCGGUGUCCGAGCGUGCCUUGGCUGCGCGCGCCGAGCGCGCUGCCCUGCGCUCGGCGCUGCACGGCGCCUCGGACGCCCCCGCUGGCCGCUCGGCUGCGCCGGGCCCCUCCUCGCUCGCGCGCGCUCGGUCUGUCGCGCCCGCCGACGCCGAGCUGGCCGAGGUGGCGGAGGCUGUUCGCCCGGAGUUACAGUCGCUCCGCGACGCGCGGGCGGGCUUCGCAGCUAGAUUGCUCGCGACACUCUCCGAGUGCGAAGGGCAGUUCUGCACAGCGCGGAGGUGGCGCAUCCCGCUGGUCUGGCGCGUCGGGCUCAUGUGGCUGGGGGGGGCGCUCCCGCUGCGGCAGCGGGGCGUUCGCUCGCAGAGCUGGAGGCAGAGCGCCAGGUGGGGGCUGCGCCUCUGCCUGGCCGCGGCGGACCACAUCGAGAGCGGGGCGCCCUGCGUGCCCUCGGAGGUCGAGACGAUCGCGAUGGGCAUGAUCGACGCGACCGACAACUCCUUCGCAGAGGGGCACGCUGAUUUCGCGUUUUCGUCAGGAGUCGACGAGAGGAGGCUGCCGCCGUUCCUCGCGUCGCGCGAGCGGCGGGUGGCCCUCGACGGGGCGCGUGAUCCUGUGGGGCAGCAGAGGAUGCCAUGCAUGGCUUCGAUGAGGUCUUUGCGCGAGGCGGGGAAGGUCCUCGGCCUCGAGGGCACGGCCUUGUCCGAGGAUGUGCGCACGGGCCUGGUUGUGAGGGGAGACGGGGACAACAUGGAGAGGCCACGGUCGCGCAAGCAGCUGGAGCAACUGAAGAUUGCGCAGUCAGAGGUGCUUCGCCACGAGGCUAAGAAGCCCACUGCGCAUUCCGAGCUCGUUGAACAAUUUGAGCAGCCUGACUUGGUGGAGAAGAGGCUGGAUGCGCUCGAGACCAGCGUUGCGUACACGCUGCGCGAAAACAGCCUGAAACAGAAACCCGAGCAGUUGGAGGUGCGGUCCGACCUGAACCUGGGGCUCCAGAAGUGCCUCGGGGCGGGAUCCUUUGGCGGCAGUUGGCGCCAUCGGGUCCAGGCCGGUUGGCGCGUGCUGCUCAUUGUCGGUUUCCAGUGUGGCGUCCGCGCCGGCCGGCACCGCAGGCCCUGCGCGGCCUCCACGGGGCCGCUGCCGGGCCCCGGGGCCGGCAAUGAUCGGUUUGUGCACCGCCGGCAGAGACGCCGGAGCACGGGGCGGCUCCGGCUGGGGACGGGGCUCGCCGCUCCCCUGGUCCUGGCGUGGUUGUUCCCCCGGCGCUCCUCGUGCUCCGCCGCGGAGUACGUGCUCGGCGGGGAGGUGGAGAAGCUCGUGGAGUCGUGGCGGGCCUCGAAGGAGGUGGAGGAGAAGAGGCUGCUGUGGCGGACCGAGGGCAUCAAGAAGACGGAGAAGGGCGAGGGCGCCCCGCCCUGGGUCGACUUCGACCCCAAGAAGUGCAGGGUCCAGAGCAAGAAGGAGCUCGACGACGAGCGCACGGAGUGGCGCAGGAGCGUCAACUUCUCGGGCACCACGGUGGGCCCCACCAGCAAAGAGGACAGUCAGGCGAGGUUCGAGAUGACCAGCGAGGCGAAGGAUGGGCGCGUGCAGAGCCAGGUGUCCAGCAGCGCCUUCGCCAGGGACCCCAACGCGCCGAGGCCCAAGGGCGACAAGGGCGCGAAGGGUGCCGAGAAGGGCAGCAAAGGAGGCAAGGGGAAGCGCCGCGAACGCGAUGGGGAUUACGAAGAGGAGAAGCGAGCGCCAGAGAGAGAUCGGACCCCGCUUCAUGCUGAGCCGCUUCAACCCAAUGGAGGGCUCCGAGGUCCUGGAGGUGCUGCCAACUCCCUCGCGGCCUUCAUCAAGCCAGCGAAGGGCAUGGACCCGGACGCUGUGGCGGCCCUGCUCGCCCCGGACACCAAGGCCCCGAAG